AUGCCCGGUCGCUCAGAAGUCGCCUAUUUCGGGGCUGGUCCCGCCCCUCUUCCUACCCCUGUCAUUGAGAGUGCCGCCCAAGCAUUUGUCAAUUUCCAGGACACCGGGCUCUCACUGGCAGAGAUCUCGCACCGGUCUCCUACCGCAAACAAGGUCCUCGCCGACGCCAAGGACGCCUUGGCAACUCUGUACAAUAUCCCCACAGAUGAGUACGAUGUGAUGUUCAUGGAAGCAGGCGGCACCGGAGAAUUCAGUGCCGCCCUUCAGAAUCUGGUGGGUUGUUGGAUUGAACGUCGUCGGAGAAAGGCCGUGGCGGAGCUAGGGGAAGGCAAGGAAGCCGAAGUCCUAGAGCGGGUCAAGAAGGAGAUCGAGGCAGAGUUGAAGGUUGAUUACCUGGUAACCGGGUCAUGGUCUCUCAAAGCUUGCCAGGAAGCUACGAGACUCAUCGGUGCAAAAUAUGUCAAUGUUGCCACUGACGCUCGGAAGAGCAAUGGCGGCAAGUUUGGGAAGAUCCCGGAUGAGGGCGAGUGGAACCUAACACCAAAGGGGAGUGCAUUGACUUAUUUGUGCGACAACGAGACCGUCGAUGGUGUCGAAUUUCCCGACUUUCCCAAAGCUUUGGAGAACACCAGCGGGAAUGAGGAAGAGGACAGGAUCGUGGUGGCAGACAUGUCGAGCAAUUUUCUGAGCCGAAAAAUCGACGUUCGGAAAUAUGCGGUCAUCUUCGGCGGUGCUCAGAAGAAUCUCGGUAUUGCCGGCAUUACUGUGGUUAUCAUUCGGAAGUCCUUGCUCAGCCUCGUACCCUCCCCAGCAUUCCUCCACGCCUUAUCCCCUGUGAUCCCGACCUCGGGAUGUCUGCCGCCCAUCAUGCUCUCCUUCUCAACCAUUGCAGCAAACAACAGUCUCUACAAUACACUUCCGAUCUUCAACCUGUAUGUUGCGACGUUGGUCCUGCAGCGUCUCGUUUCCACAUUCGGCUCUACCAAAGUCUCUGGUCAGGAAGAGGUGGCCAAUCAAAAAGCCAGACUCUUGUAUGAAACCCUUGAUUCUCACCCAGAGACGUACUACGUCGUCCCGCACAAAAGCGCAAGGAGCCGGAUGAACAUUUGCUUUCGAAUCAUCUCAGGGCCGAAAGCAGGCAGCGGAGAGGUAGUGCCGGACGAGGCCAAAGAGAAGGCGUUCUUGACCGGUGCGGAACAGCGCGGGCUCCUCGGCCUCAAAGGUCACCGAUCUGUUGGAGGGAUCAGGGCGAGCAACUACAAUGCCGUCCCACUGGAGAAUGUACAGAAACUAGCUAGCUGGUUGGUGGAAUUUGCCAAGUCAUGA